AAUAAAUAUACAAGAGUUCGUUCAGCUUAUAAACUUCAGCGUAUAGAGCUCCUAAAAUAGAGUCCCUGUAAUUAAACGACAGUUCAACAAGUAACAGUGCCUUGAAGGCUGACGUCCAAACCUCGAUCUUGGCUCUUUCUGAUCCAAGUUUUGCAGGAUUCAUGUCAUAUUUUGCGAUUUUGGAAAUUCAGAAGAACAACUCUCUCUGUUUCCACCCCUCUCAGAAGUAAUGUGGAAGCGUGGAAAUAAAUCAAAGGCUUGGACUGGGCCUCAAAAGAGAUAUCUUACUGUUUUUAUCACCUCUCUUUUUCUGAUUCUUGUAGUUUUUUCAUUUUCAUUGCGGGAUCAUGGUAAUAAAACCACAUCAUCAUUUGGACUUGUGAAGCACGAAUGGAAUAGCUCUUUGCAUCUGGUGCACUUUCAUCCAACUAUAGAGGUUCUGAAUGGAACGGAGCUCAUAUGGCAGAUACCUGAUACACCUAAGGCGGUUAUCUUUGUGGCUCAUGGGUGCAAUGGCAGAUCUGUUAACUUUUGGGACAGGUCUUCUACCUGCCCUAGUUGCAUUGGUUUACCUGAAGAAAGGCUAAUCGUCCUUAAUGCUCUUGCUCGAAAGUUUGCUGUUCUUACCAUUUCAAGCGCAGCAAGAUGCUGGACAUUUAGGGAGGAAAAAUUCGUCGUCAAAGAUAUUAUAAAACAGUGGGUUGAGAAAAAUAGGCUUCAACAAUUUCCUCUGGUGGCUUUGGGGGCCUCCUCUGGAGGGUACUUUAUUUCUGUUCUUGCCACCGAGUUGAAGUUUAGCAGUCUUACAAUUAUGAUUGCUGAAGGUAUAUUUGAUAAAAUUCAUAUCACAAGGGAGUACCCUCCUACUUUAUUUGUGCACAUGCCUAAAGAUCGACGUAGGCAUACCAAGAUAAAUGAAAGUUUGGAACUACUGAAGAAUAAAGGUGUUGAUGUGGAAGAGAUUGAGUGCAUGGAAUUCCCCUUGUCUCCACAAAUUUUAGCGGACAGAAUCCAAGGUAUUGAUCAAACUGUUUCUGCAGAGUUGUUUGAGCUUUUCCAGGACAAGGGCUUCAUUGAUGAAAGUGGAUAUAUGAGGAAUGAUGGGCGUGCAACGAAUUGGAAGAAAGCUCUCAGAGAGAGUAGAAUUCAAUUGCCAGAUCAGCGUUUGGAACAACACAUUCAGGAGGAAUUAAAUCUUGCAUUUGCUUACCAUGAAAUGACUAGCUUGCAUUGUGAAAAGAUCUUUGAAUGGUUUGAAUCUCAUAUGAGCUGAUCAGAACCAUAUGGUAACAUUAUCCUCAGUUUUUUCUGGAAUAGAUUGUGGCCAGAAUCUGAAGCAAUUUGAGAUUGUAAUUCUUGAAGCAAUCAGAAUUCAAGUUAAUCAAAUGAAAAUGAAAAGCCAUGGAGUAUAACCAAAUGCCAAAUACAGUCACCAAGCUAGACGCCUGCAUGCUGAAGAGACUCGGUUAAUAAAGUAGAUAUCUGGAUAUCAGAUAUCAAUUUGUUGUCUCAAACGUGUCUGAUGGGUGGACCUGGUUUAUAUUUAUUUUUAUUUGGCUGUUUAUCUACAUGUCGACCGCUAUUGUAAUGUUUAAAUUCUUAAGCGUAACAAUGUAGAAAACAGAGGAGAACACAAGUUAAAUCAGACA